AUGGACAAGGUUGACCCUGAAUUGCAGGCUGUCGUGCGCCAGAAGGCGUCGCAGGCCCAGUUUGCUGAGGUGUCCUUGGACCUGACAGACAAGUGCUGGAACAAGUGCGUGGACAAGAUUGGUUCCAAGCCCAUCUCCGAAGGCGGCGACUCCCGUACUGCGGCGUGCAUCUCAAACUGCGUCAAGAACUUUAUCGAGAUGCAGCAAGUGCUUGUGGCCAAGUUCCGCGGUGCCACCCCGCUCUUUCCAUUGUCCUUCAAUCUGCUGCACACUGUGGACACUGUGCGCAUGCGUGUGUCCAUGUAA